AUGGAUCUCAGAGCCCCCGAGAUCCUCGAGGAUGGGGAUCCAGAGGAGGACACAGACACGGCCCUCCAGCGGCUGGUGGAGCUCACAGCCAGCAGGGUGACAUCGGUGAGGAGCCUACGUGUCCAGUACCGCCUCAUCCGAAAGCUGGGCUCUGGUUCGUAUGGCCGUGUGCUUCUAGCCCAGCCUCGCCAAGGGGGUCCGGCUGUGGCUCUUAAGCUGCUCCGUCGGGACUCAGUCCUAAGAACUACCUUCCUGAGAGAGUUCUGUGUGGGCCGCUGCGUCUCCUCGCACCCAGGCCUGCUGCAGACCCUGGGGAGUCCACUGCAAACCCCUCAAUAUUUCGCCUUCGCCCAGGAAUAUGCACCCUGUGGGGACCUCAGCGGGUUACUCCAGGAAAAGGGCCUCCCAGAACUGAUGGUGAAGAGAGUGGUGGCCCAGCUGGCAGGAGCCUUGGACUUCCUUCAUGGCCGUGGGUUGGUGCACGCCGAUGUCAAGCCUGACAACGUGCUGGUCUUUGACCCUGCCUGCAGCCGUGUGGCCCUGGGUGACCUGGGUUUGACCCGACCAGAGGGUAGCCCAACCCCAGCACCGCCAGUGCCUCUGCCCACCGCGCCACCCGAACUGUGUCUCCUGCUGCCCCCGGACACCCUGCCCCUGCGGCCGGCCGUGGACUCCUGGGCUCUGGGGGUCCUUCUCUUCUGUGCUGCCACAGGUUGCUUCCCGUGGGAUGUGGCCUUGGCUCCUGACCCUGAGUUCGAGGCCUUCGCCGGCUGGAUGACCACCAGGCCCCGGCCCCUUCGGCCACCAGCACCGUGGGACCAGUUUGCCCCCUCAGCUCUGACUUUGCUCCAGGGACUUCUGAGCCUGGAUCCGGAGACUAGGAGCCCUCCCUUGGCUGUCCUCGAUGUUCUGGGGGACAACUGGGGAUUGGAGGGGAGUGGAGAGGGAACUAGGGGCUUGGAUAGUGUGUCCUGUGAAGAUAUCGGGGAAGAAGAUGGGGGAUCGAGCUUGGAGGAGUGGACAGAUGAGGAGGAAGAUGAAGAUCAAGUUGGAGGGAGGAUGGGGACAGAUCAGCCAGCUCCCUGA